AUGGAUGUGAGUUGGGUCGCUUUGCGCCUAUGGGCGUAUUCACUGUGGCUCUGGAGUAUCGCAAAUGUUUAUUGUUAUCAGUAUAGAAGCCACUGGCGUACCACCUCUUUGCCGUGGCCAUGUGCAACUUCGAAGCAACCAUCCGCCAAUCGCGAUAUAACACACUCACACGAAAAGUCACGUAUAUUGGCCGAAACAAGCAGUGAUGCUGCUAAAGAAAGUAUUGAAGAGCGAAAGAGGAAGAUUACGUUUUUACGAACGUCCACAGGCAAGGGAACGCAGGAAUGUUAUGAAGCGCUCAGCAAGGCAAACGGCGACGUUAAAGUGGCCCUGGAUAUUAUACGGCAGGAUAUGGAUGACUAUAUGUCGACAUCAUCUGGAGGAGAAAAGAGAGAGGUUAUUGACCUACUGCACGGCAGGGUGGCCACUGUUAUGUCACCCAAACUUGCUAUUCUUUUGGAGUUGAGAUGUGAGACUGAUUUCGUAGCGAGAAACAAUGUUUUCGUGUCACUUACAAAGGUAUUUGCCAAUGCAGCUCAUGAAGUUUUAAGGAGGGAAAAGGAUGUCAAUACGGCUGGAACGGAAACGACCAUUGGCGAUGAAAUUAUGAACAUGCGCUGUUCACGAUGUUCGAAAACUCCAAAGGAGGCGGCUGCAUUUGCUAAAAUGGCACUAAAUGAAAGAUUCGUCUUAACAAGAUUAGGCGUCAUUAAAGCGCAUAACGAUGAAUACCUCACAUCAUACCUUCAUGGCGCACUUUCUGGUGACCACCCAUUAAACAAAGUUGGGUCAGCUGCUGCCCUGCUGAAAUUCACAUUACAACAACCGAACGGCCUCAACGCCAAUGUCGACCUUCCAAGUGCAGAGGAGUUCCAAACAAAUAUCGAUGUGAAGGAAAAUAUCACUACGGAGGGCACCUGCUGCCUUAACGGGUCGGCAUGUAUAUAUUCGGAAGAUACUUUUGUGGAGCCUGCAGCUGUGUCAGAAACAGACCAGCCGUUAACGCGGAACAUAAAAGAUUUUGUAAAACACAUCGCACAACAUAUCGUAGGUGCAAGACCGGUUGCUCUAACAAUGCAAGACUACGACCAGGGUAAACUCAGUGCCGCACGGGAAGAGAUUGAGAAGGAGGCUUUAGCCUCGGGGAAGCCGAAAGAAACUAUCGAAAAGAUAGUUACAGGACGUUUACGCAAGCAAUUUGGGGAGUUCGUACUCAUGGAACAGGUUAGUUCACAUAUAUAA